UCACCCUAAGUAUAAAGAUGACUUUCAAUGGUACCUGGAAGGUUGAGAGAAAUGAGAACUAUGAAAAGUUUAUGGAGCAGAUGGGGAUAAAUGUUAUGAAAAGAAAACUUGCUCUCCAUGAUAACCUGAAGAUUAUAAUUCACCAAGAUGGAGAUAAAUUUAAUGUUAAGGAGUCCAGUACCUUCCGCACAAAAGAUAUUGAGUUCACACUGGGAAUGUCAUUCGAAUAUUCCUUGGCAGAUGGAACAGAACUUCAAGGUUCAUGGAACCUUGAGGGAGACAAACUUAUUGGAAAGUUCACCAGAAAAGACAAUAGCAAGGAACUCUUGGCAUACAGGGAAAUUACUGGCAAUGAACUUGUUCAGACUUACUUAUAUGAAGGAGUUGAAGCGAAGAGAUUCUUCAAGAAGGAAUAGAGCCUAUGGCAUGGUCUCCCAAGAAUGCAAUGAAUCACUGAAAACUCUAGUUGCAGUCUUC